UGGUUGCCGUUGAUUGUGUGGGCUUCUUGGCUGCUGUCAUGAUGGAUUUCUUUGCAUAUGGUUGGGUUCUAGCCAGGCCCAGUUCUUUGCCAGCUCUUUUGUCGUAUCUCAAGGUGCACUCUGUAAUUGUAGGAAGGUUGUUGGAAGCUCUGGUACUUCUAUUGUGA